AUACGACUUUUUUUCAGUUGGUAGGCUUUUCGCUUCGCUUUUAGCUUUCUUAGCUCUCUGGCAUUUCUCUCUCUUUUUCCAUAGUUCCAACGAACCAUCCAAGCUCUUCAAUUUUCAAGAGAAUUCCUCAACAAAGUCAAACACCUCUCAAUUGAUUUUAUAGUUCUUGAUUUCAAAUUCAAAUGCCUAAUUAGCUGACCUGAGAGCGACAGAAGUGAAAAUCGAAGCAACUAUGGAGAACGGAAGGAAUGGUACUCUACAAAGCGGAAGCUUAGACAACGGAGUUUGCUCCUCGGAGUCGGUCAAUGGAAGCUGCGAUGUGUGGAGUUGUAAGGAUUCUGACUCUUCUUCUGCUGAUCAUCUCGUUAUCAUGGUCCACGGGAUUCUUGGAAGUGCUUCUGAUUGGAAGUUUGCAGCUGAGCAGUUUGUUCGAAAUCUUCCAGACAAAGUGAUUGUUCAUUGUAGUGAACGAAAUAUGUCGCGGCUGACUCUAGAUGGUGUGGAUGUAAUGGGCGAGCGGUUGGCUGAGGAGGUACUUGAAGUGAUUCAGAGAAAGCCAAAUUUACGAAAGAUUUCCUUUGUUGCUCAUUCUGUGGGAGGACUUGUUGCAAGAUAUGCGAUUGGGAGAUUGUAUAGACCACCCCAGGAGAAAAAUGCAGAUGAUUUGACAAAUAAUACAAAUGGAGAGACCUUAAGGGCUACAGUAGGUGGUUUGGAGGCUAUGAACUUCAUCACUGUUGCUACGCCUCACCUUGGCUCAAGAGGGAAUAAACAGGUACCUUUUCUCUUUGGUGUACCCGCCUUUGAGAAAGCUGCAGUUCUUGUUAUUCAUUGGAUAUUUAAGAGAACAGGUCGACACCUUUUUCUUACUGAUGAUGAUGAGGGGAAACCUCCAUUGCUUCAACGCAUGAUAGAAGAUUAUGGUGAUUGUUUUUUCAUGUCUGCAUUGCGUACUUUCAAACGUCGUGUUGUGUAUUCAAAUGUGGGCUAUGACCAUAUAGUGGGCUGGAGAACAUCAUCGAUUAGGCGUAACAAUGAAUUGCCGAAAUGGGAGUAUUAUGUGAAUGAAAAAUAUCCACAUAUUGUAUAUGAAGAACGCUGCAAAGCCUAUGAUGUUGAACAAUCUGAUCUUAUUUCGACAGAAGAUAAUAGCUUUGACAAGCUAGAAGAGGAAUUAGUAACUGGCCUAUCCCGUGUGUCCUGGGAAAAAGUAGAUGUUAGCUUCCACACCUGCAGAAAUAGAUUUGCCGCUCAUAGCGUCAUACAGGUCAAGGAUCAGAUCAUGCAUAUAGAAGGUGCAGACGUCAUACAACAUAUGAUUGACCACUUCCUUCUUUAGAGACAAAUGCCUCCUAGAUGUAACACAUUUACCAUUGGAUGCAAGAUCUUAUAUAGUGAGGUACAACGAGUACUCUGCUGAAAUCAGUCCCUCGAUGGUUGCAGGUUGAAGUUUGUCUACUUUCUUGGUGAAGGAGAACACGACAAUCUGUGACUAUAAUCAGUAACUAAGGGAAAUUUUAUUCAUUCAUUGCUACUUGUAAUUACAUAAAACCAAAAAUAUCAAUAAAUGCGUCAAAUGACAAAUUCUGUGCCGCA